AUGGGUGUUUUCUUCCGGCUUCUUGACCACCAUGAGGCUAUUCAGCAAAAAACCUCGUCUGAACUAGCGCUGGGCAAUACGAUGCAAUGCUGGGGCCACAAACCCCACUCUACUACCAUAACAACACAUGUAGUGACGACACAUGCGUUGUUGUUACAACAAGACUACGUCGACAAGAGGUUGGAGACGUGCUGCCUGUCGGAAAGUAGCAAGUAUCAACAGCUCGAUGCUUCCGUACUGCAAAGCGCCACGAGCCAACGUCAUUCACCCAAACGUUUGGCUAGCUUUAUUACCACACCGAGUCGCAGUAUAAAGCGUCAGCGGAUUUCAAUAGAUUCCGGUAACCAAUCAGUCAGUCACGCAAGCGACAGUCCUUCGAUUGGUUUUCCUCAAUCGUUGCAGUACGCGUUGCCAGGCCUGUCAAGUCAUGACACGCUCUAUGUGCUACAUGCACUGCGUGUCAUACCCAGUGAGCUGCGUCACCUUAACGGUAGUGCCAGCCGUAGCCGUCUUAGACGCCGUUGCAAAGUGCGGCAGGUCUUUGGAUGGCGACAUUUGCUUUGCCAAGAAAAUGACGAUGAAAAAGCUGCCCGCCGUGUGGUCUGGAAAAGCGCCAAGGCGCUAGACUCCAUGAAUAUGCGACCUUUGGCUCGCCAAAUCUGGAGGGCAAGCACGGAAGCCACUGGUGGAUUGAACGAGAGAGAGACGGGGGAAGUGCUGUACACCGUGAACCAUAUUGCCCGGGUUGUUCAUUCGACAAAGCGCCAAUAUGGUAGCCGUCGUCGUGCUCGUGAACAAGUUUGGAUUGAAUGUUACCUAGAUGACGGAAUGCAGGUCUGCGUGGCACGCAAAGAGCUUCGACAGUUUGAUGAGUAUCGCGCACCUGAGACAUCGGCAACUGAAUGCCAAGGAUUUCUAGUGCGGCCAAUGUACACGAGGGCGAUUAAUGCACAGCUAGUGGGCUGCUCACUGCAAUGCCUUCGGGCAGUAGAUGCACGUGAUUGUGGUGUCCGGUCCGCUACAGCUUUAAAGCAACGAAUGCUUGACGAUCUCCCGCAGCUGACGCUACAAUGCGAAGAGGAUUAUCUUUACGAUUUAGUGCAGGCACCUCAGCUACUCCUAGACAGUGUCUUUGCUUUGGGUACAUGUAGUGUAGCAAAGCUCUCGGCUAAUCUACUGCAACAAUUGCGCCACGAGGAUAUGGACAUUAUUGCAAAGCUCGUAUCACCAUCUAAGGUGCUACAAGACAGUUGUGGUCGAGAGGAUAUGGCAGAGCUUGAUCGUCCCCAGCAAACGUUGUGUGUGGCAGAUUCGUUGCAAAGCUUUGCUGGAGAGACCCAGCAACCAGUAAAGGAUCUACUGAUGCAAUGUAACACACUCUACAACAACUUUUUGUUUCUAUGGAUGAACAACUCGGUGGUUGUCAAAGGCGCGCGCAAGGAGUUGGUAUUGGCUCUUGCGCGGCUGGACGUGAUAGAAAAAAUUGACUUGGAGCAGGUAUUGGCGUUUUAA